AUGGUAUUAUUAUAUUUGAUACUCAAUAUUAUUAAUGCUACUUUACUUAAAGAUGUCAGCAAGCUAUAUGAAGAGCUUAGAAAUUAAGCAUAAUAUUUUAUAACACAGACACCAAAAAAUAUGAUGGAUUCAAAUUUUGGUUUUAAAUCUUAGAUAAUUGACUUUUCAGAUAUUAAUGAAGAUGAGGAUGAAAAUGAAAAUGAAUAUUAUUAUACAGAACAAAUUCAAUAAAUACCUUUUGUUUAAGAACUAGAAUAACGACUGCGAAUUUUAUAAGAAGAUCCGACAAAUACAGGACCAAUCUUCAAUACGACUGUUGAUGAGUAUUUUAAAUAAGGGCCUUUAAAUUCACUUUAUUGUGGUUUUGGACAAUAGAUUUUAUUGAAUGUCACAUAAUAUUAUUGUUCUUAAUAAAGAGUUACUAAAAAAUAAUAUGAUUUAGAAACAAAAAAAGAUCUCUGCGAUAUAAGAUAUAGGUUGACUUAUGGAUGCUUAUGCCCACCUGACUUUUAUGAUAUUUAGUGUUUGAAAUGGAACCGAAUAAUUUGUGAAAUAGAUUAACCAUAUAAAGAUUGUUAGAGUCUCAUUGAUUAAGACUAUUACAACUAAAAUAUAGAUGGUAAUCCUCCUUGUUUUGAAUUUUAAAGUGAUACAUAUGUUGAAGUAAUUAUCUAGUUUGAAUGUAGAAUGUGAGAGCAGUUUGUAGAAACAAUGAUUUGCAAUUGCUCCAUCCUUCAGUGUAUUCUUCAGAAGAACACUUUGAAGUCAUUUGGAGUAAUUAUUCAAGAGGAAUUAGUGGUUUAUCAUUGUUAAUGUAUAAAUUUUCUCUUCCUAAUCCUAAAGAUCCGAAUGACCCUUAAUUUUAUAUUCAAUUCGCUCUUUCAGAAGAAGAAGAGAAACAACUCUAUAAAUUUGACUUUUAACCAUUAUUUCUUGAUUUAGAGAACUUGAAAAGCUCAUUUUAGUUUACUAUAAAGCCUUAUAUCACUUAUAUUAAUUGGACCAAUUUACAACUGUCCAAAACAACAUUGAUAUAAUAAAACCUUACUCAAAGCCAGCUUUUAGGUUAGGAGUAUGUAACAAUUACAAUUAAUGCUGAGAACUUGAUUUCACUUUUUGGUAGAUACUCAAUUGAAAUUGGACUCGUCAUUAAUAUCACUCAUUUUUAUUCCAUUUAUAAAUAUGUCCACUAACUCGAAUUUCAAGAUGCUCUAAUUUACAAACCAUAAUCUCAACCAAAAAUAUUAUUCUUUGAAGAUCUAUCAUUUAAAGGUUAUUUAUACAAUUAUUCUUAGAAUCUGUUUAUGAAUAAGUAUCAAAUCAAACUCUCCAAAUAGAAGUACUUGCAAUGAUAUUAAUAUUUUUGAUCACUUUAUUUUUAUGCUUUAAAUAUCGAUACUUUUUGUUUACUAGGUAAAGAAGAGUCAAAUAGGAACAAUACUAAAAGGCUCAGACUCCCAGAAAGGAAGUAGAAAUUAAUAAACAAAAUGUAUCAAAUUAAAGUUAGGGAUGA